AUGCCAAUCGCUUACCGCACCAUCCUCACAAUAAACAACCACCUCAAAACCGACCUCUAUGAUGGAGAUCCCAAGUUACAAGCUGGUUCCAUAGAUGGAGUCAUGCCAGACUAUAUUCGAAGCGGCACGCAACAGACAGUCUACAUCAGUGCGUCCGGCUCAUUUGCUGGCUCCAGCGGUGCAAUCUUAUACAAGACGCAUAACAGCGCCAGGGACCGCGAAGAGAAACUCGCCUUUGAGUUUAAAUGCGUUAACGAAGAGGCCAAUUUUGUUAAAUUCAGCAGUUCCAUGCCGAACCAGUUAGGGGUCAAGGUCGAUCCGUACACGCCUACGGACCAUCCGUUGUAUGCUACGUUCACAAUCACUCAAGAAGAGGCAUAG